AUGGUUGUGAAUAUGGAUGAGCUGCCACUAUUUUUUACCAUACCAACAAUAAAUACCUUGGAACCAAAACUCGGUCGAAAUCCUUUGUCAGCUAAAGCCCAUUUUGAAACAUUUCCUACAUCGAAGUAUUAUCCAAAACACAUCUCUGAAGUGACUAAUGAGUCUAUUGUGUGUGAUAUUGUCUAUGUUGUUGUGCUUGCCUCAUCCUUACAAGCCGAAACUGUAAACGACGACGAAUUUCGGCGAAUCUCGUCCAUAGCCGAUGCAGAACAGCCGGAAGAGCAGGAGAUGCGAGUUCGGUUACUGCUAGCUGUAUUGGCUGGAUUCGUGGAGUCACAAAACCUGGCCAGUGAGGUUUCAGAUUCCUCUGCGUGGAUUCUGGAUGCGGGACGGUUGCGUAGUCUAUGCAACACGGCAAAGCGCAUUUCAGAUGGUCUUUUUGCCGAAACUGGAUCUAAUGCUGGAUUCGUAUCAAGGAUUAACCAGAAGGUUGAGCUCAUGAUAAUUUGA